AUGUUCCGUUCAUUCAACCUAUCAUGCCUCCACUCUUUGAAGCCUUGUUCGCGAUACUUAAAAAAGCCCGACAAACUCUCCUUCGACGGCCAACUACGAAUUCCGCCGCAUACCUCAACUUGCGGUUCCAGAUUCUUCAGAUCUAUCUCCGAUGACUUCUGUGUUCCCAACAGUAUCAGGGAACUCAAGGAAAGACUGUUUGCAGGCGACCGCCGAAGUUUGGCGCAAUCAAUUACUUUAAUUGAAUCUAAAAACCCUGAUCGCCGAAGAGAAGGUUUGUCAGGACCACCUGGUGCAGGAAAGAGCACAUUCAUAGAGGCGCUGGGUACUCGUCUUAUCGGUCUGGUCCCAUGGGUUUCUGAUCUUCCUGAACAGGCGCAAAAGGGUCCAUACGGAAAACGAGGCUCUAAUGAGCCAGUACCCGUUCCAACCGAAAACCAUCGCGUGGCUGUUCUAGCUGUUGACCCAUCUUCUGUAACUACUGGAGGCAGUUUGCUGGCGGACAAAACGCGGAUGUAUGAAUUAUCGCGCCAUGAGAAUGCGUACGUGCGUCCAUCCCCAAGUGGCGGAAAUCUGGGAGGCGUGGCGCGGUCCACGAAUGAAACUGUGCUCAUUUGUGAGGCGGCGGGUUUCGAUGUGGUUCUAGUCGAAACUGUUGGUGUCGGUCAGUCCGAAAUUGCUGUCGCUGAUAUGGUCGACCUAUUUAUACUCCUUAUUCCACCUGCUGGGGGCGAUGAACUGCAAGGAAUUAAGCGAGGUAUUGUGGAAUAUGCUGAUAUCGUGGUCGUGAACAAAGCGGAUGGAGACCUCAUAGCCCCAGCUCGUCGAAUCGCAGCAGAGUAUUCCAAUGCACUGAAGUACCAGCGAAUGAGGAGACCGAACUGGCGUCCACAGGUCAUGCUUGCGUCCAGCUACACAGGUGCUGGAAUUGUGGAAUUCUGGAACCGCGUCCUUGAAUUUAAAGAAAUGCAAAUAGCCUCCAAAGAACUUCAGUCUGUGCGCAAGAAACAAAUGAAGGUGUGGAUGUGGAACUACAUCAAAGAGGGCAUAUGGGACCACUUCCGAAUGCAUCCAGCGGUCCGUCGCCAGUUGACGUCCAUUGAACGCAAGGUCGAGGCGGGUGAACUAGCUCCCGGACCAGCUGCUGAAUCGCUCAUCAACAUUUUCAUUCAGGGAUCUUAGGAACAACUGAUUACCUUCGUAUGCUAUUUUCCUACCUUUCUCACUGAUUUUUUUCACUUCUCUUUUUAACUUUAGGUACGGCCAAAUUGAUCCUUAUCUUAUUUGUUUAAAUUCCAUUGCAGCCUACCAUUGUAGUAGGCUGGAUUUAUAGGUUCGAAAAACAAGCAAAUGAUUUCCAC